AUGGAACUAGUCGCAUACUUUAUUGUACUAUUUGUCGUCAUCCUCUUUCUUGUGAUAUUACCUAUAUUAGGAAAUGUUGGAAAUUUCAAAAUAGGGAAGCCUUCAUCAGGUAAGGAAAAGGUUAAAUCUAAGAGACAGCGUUUAAAGAACGCUAUUAAUGAUCCUAAUUUACUAAAAUUUAAACUAAAGGAUGAAGAUACAAAAGGAGCCUCUUCUGCCAAUAAAUUUCAACUGGAUUCGAAAACUGGUUUGAAAAGACGUGUGCUUGGAAACAGCGACAAUCAGGACCCAAACGCAUUCGAUUACGAUAUCGAUGAACUUAUCAAUGAAGACAGGCUAGAAGAAGAAGCUGAAGAAGCAAAGAGAGUCGGUAAAUUCAAAGGUAAGGAGAGAGAGACUUAUGAAGCCCUUGUCUGA